AUGGUAAAUUUUCUGGAAUCCCCAAAUCAUCUUGUCUAUGGGCAAUGUGCCAUGUUCCAUACACAUGAGAUGCCCAUGAUCUGCCCUACGUGGCAGCCCGAGGUCUUACGGCGUCUUCAGGCCAUCCAAUGGAGUCCUGACAAGGAUGAAGAGAAACUCACUCCUCAUGGCCAUGCUAUGGCGAGGCUGCCGUUGCACCCACGCCUGGCUCACAUGGUCCUUCGAGCAGAAGAUAGCAAGGAAAAUGGCACCGAUCUUGGCUCCGUGGCAACGCUGUGUGCCUUGCUGGAGGAGGAACGUGACGUGUUGCAGGAUUCGCAGCGAGGACUUUGUGCCGAUGUUGCAACAAGGUUACGUGCCUUACGUGGAGAAGACUUGCCACAGCGCUACCGGAACAUGACCGUGUUGCCAAAGCAUUGCAGCCGUGUCAUGCAAAAUGCAAAACGCCUUCAGGAGGAUCUGAAAACGAAAACGAAAUCUGUGACGCGUCCAGGGCCACUUCUGGCUUUGGCGUUUCCUGAACGUGUGGCAAGGCGUGGUAAGAAGGGCCGCUUCGUUUUGCGCGAUGGUUCUAUGUGUACUGUCAAAGACCCAGUGUUGCAAAAUGAGGACUUUCUGGCAGUUGGACGACUCAAAAACAAGGUAGUGACCUUGGCAGCGCCGCUGCUUGCUUCAGAGGCUGCUGUCCAUAUCCUCCCAUCGUGA